CACAUGACAGCUGCACAAAUCAUCCAGUUCAUUGUGGUCAUUUUCCACUCGGUGUACACGUUGACUUUGCACGAUUGCAAUUAUCCGAAACUGUUCAACUACAUGAUUCUCUCCUAUGCGCUCAUCUUCCUCGUCCUAUUCAGUAAUUUCUAUUCCCAGGCUUCCUUGGAGCCGGGUAUUUGUCGAGAAGAGCAAACACUAGAAGAUGUGUUAGAUCGGUUGGAAUGA